AUGUGGACUGUAAUUGCUAUUGUUUUUGUUAGGUUUAUUGUUAUCGUUUACGGUUCAGUGCCAGAAGGUCUUGAAAUUAAUUUAGGAUCGUGCGGCAAAGUGCACUUGACGAUUUCAUCACUUCAGGAUAAUUAUUUGGAGCUGAAUUGGAUCACGAAGAAUUGCAACAGUUUCACUAGGCCUGACUAUAUUGUGUUGUCGACGAAAAAUUUGAGAGAUAGGGAUGAGGAUACAUUUUCUUCAGCCCUAGCCCAAAUCCGAACUAUCGACUAUCCUCUUGGAUACUAUAGAACCAAAAUUAAAUUCCAUGAACCGUGGCUUCCAGGAAAUUGGGAAUACGACCGGAACACUUUGAGACCGGAUGAAGGCCGUCACUGUUUGCCUUACUGGAUAUCUUCCAUUAAAUAUGACAUGAUCAUUGAUUCCAGGUGCUUGGCAAUUGAGCCGACGUGGAUGUACGACAACAGGCAAUAUUUGGGAAGGAAAAAAAUUGGAAAUAUGCUUAUACCUGGAACGCACAACUCUGGAUCGUAUAAAGGAAUAAUAUCCUACUUUGAAGGCUACGUAUUGAAUCAAGAUAAAAGUGUAUGGAAUCAGUUGGUGUUUGGAAUCAGAUAUUUAGAUUUUAGAGUCGGAUAUAUUGCAGACGGAGGAGGGUUUUACAUAUACCACGAUCAUGUUAAGGUAACUAAAAUCGAACCAAUUUUAGAAGAAAUACGCAGAUUUGCCCAGUUUGCACCGCAGGAAAUCGUUUUUGUAGAUUUUCACAGGUUUCCAUUUCCAAGAAAUUUCACCAAAGAUCUACACAGUAGAUUUACGGAAAUUGUUUAUGGCUACUUGGGUGACCAUGUAGUACUACCAACUGGGCUACAAGCUGGAAGCGGUCCCACACUCAACGAGAUUUGGUCACAAAAUAAAAGCAUUAUUGUUUCUUAUGCUGACAGACCCACAGUCAAUCAUUUACCUUGGCUCUGGCACCCAAUCAAACAAUUUUGGGCCGACACCAACAAACUAGCUCCACUCAAAGACUACAUGUACAGUGCUUUGUACCAGCACAAAGGCAGCACCAAUCCAAUGUACGCAUUAAUGGCUGAGUUGACUCCACAGCCCUGGGACGUUAUUCUUAGAAAGAACAAUUUGAGGGAGCUAGCGCAAACAGUGAAUAAGGAAAUUACCAAGUGGAUUAGAGACGAGUGGUUUAAUGAUGUUAAUAUUGUGGCUACUGAUUACUUUUUAGGCAAUGAUUUGAUUCGUGUGGCUAUUGAGGGAAAUAAAGCGAAUCCUUAUUGA